AUGGGGUUCUCACAGAAAGUGGCUUCGGUAGAGAAUUUCGCUGUGGACGUAGCAACGUCCUUCACAGACUUACAUCUCAGCUUUCUCUCCUUUCUCCCGCUCGACGCUCACUCUUUCCCUAUUCUUACUGAGUUCACUCUGUCUCCCAAGUCCCAACUCCGUGGUUCUGUCAUUCUCUCAGACUCAAGCGCAUCUUCACUUUCUCAGUAUUUUAUUCUAUCUCCGUCCCUAUCUUCCUCAACGUCCACAAACUGUGUUUUGCGCAUACAAAACAGGUUCGGCUUCCCACAUCACGGGCUCUCUCUCCGAAUGCUGCAUUUGCCUAGCCAAGUACAAGGACAAGGAAGAAUUGAGGCAGUUGGCAUGUUCGGUGUUCCCAUGCGUUCUACCUCAAGUGUGUAGAUCAAUGGCUCCAGCCUCCAAAUUAUAUCUUGGUGUCCUCUUUGUAAAUUGUACCAGGACUCGGAUUGGCCCUGCUUUGUGGCAUUGUAAUGAAUAAUACAUUGUACAUGGUAAAACCUUUUGGCAUUCAAACAUCAGACUUCUUUUCAAGCUGCUAGCA